UGUCGCGGCGGGUGGCGCGCGCCGGCCGGGACCUGCCAUCGGGCCGUGCGGGGAGAAGACCCAGACGCAUCGGUGGGGCGCGGUGGGGACCCAGCCCGGGCGAGUGCCCAUGGCCGGAUCCGCGAUGGCCGAGCCUUGCCGUGGGCCGUCCGCGCCCGCCGCGCCCGUGCCGGGCACGGAGGGGCUGCCGCGCGCCUUCCUGCAGAGCCUACGCACGCUCUUCGACAUCCUGGACGACCGGCGUCGCGGCUGCGUGCACCUGCGCGAGAUCGAGUCCCGCUGGCGGGGCGCCGACACCCGCGAGCUGCCUCGCGGCGUGCUCGAGGGCCUGCGCCAGGUGGCCCCGGCCAGCGGCUACCUGACUUUCGAGCGCUUCGUGGCCGGCUUGCGCACCUCGCUGCUGAGCGCCGACUGCAGCCCGCGGGGCCCGGCGCGUGCCUCUGCCCGGGGAGGCUGCCCAGCGCGGCCAGGGGCCCAGCCGCUCCCGCCGCCGCCGCAGCGCCUGGUGUUCGCUCCGGCGGACGAGCCGCGGACGGUCCUGGAGAGGAAGCCCCUGCCCCUGGGAGCGCGCCCCCCAGCGUCCGGCCCCGGCGGCGCGGCCCGGGGUCUGGAGAAGCUGUGUGUCCUGGCCGGGGCGGCAACCGGCCCGGUGGAGCCCGAGCAGCCCCAGGGCGCGGCGCUGGAGCGCAGCCUGAGUGCAGACGCUGGUGCAGUGGCCUGCAGAGCCUGGGAGCUGGGUGUGGGGGAUGCCCAGCGGGCCCCCCGUGCCCGAGGGGAGCGUCGGAGACACACCAUCACCAAUGGUGUGGACUGUGACCUUGUGAAGCAGGUGAAGGAGCUGGAGCAGGAGCAGGCAGUGCUGCAGCAGGGCCUGGACAUGAUGGCGCGGGGCCGGGACUGGUACGAGCAGCAGCUGCAGCGGGUGCAGGAGCGCCAGCGCCGCCUGGGCCAGAGCAGGGCCAGUGCUGACUUUGGGGCUGAGGGGAGCUCCCGCCCUCUGGGGCGGCUGCUGCCCAAGGUACAGGAGGUGGCCCGGUGCCUGGGGGAGCUGCUGGCGGCGGCCUGUGCUGGCAGGGCUCUGCCCUCGCUUUCCUUGGGGCCCCCAUGCCCCACCCUGGCCCCCGCCUCACCCCCAGCCCCAGACUGGCAGCAGCAAUCCAUCCUCAAGCUGAAAGAGCAGAACAGGCUGCUCACCCAGGAGGUGACCGCCAAGAGCGAGCGAAUCGCACAGCUGGAGCAGGAGAAAUCCGCCCUCAUCAAGCAGCUGUUUGAGGCGCGUGCCCUCAGCCAGCAGGACGCAGGGCCGCUGGACUCCACGUUCAUCUAGCCGGCCACUGCACGGACACGGGGAUCUCAGGGCCCGGCCUGGACAGAGCCCUCCCUCCUCUCGCCCAGUGUGGGCUCCCCUGGUGGAUCCAGCUGAUGGGCAGUGCCCCAGGAUGCCCUGUGGCCCCAGGCAGACUUGGUCCUGGCCAGGGGUGCUGACGGAGGCAGGACUGGAUAUGCUGGCUCAGCCUGAAGGGGCUACUGUCAGUGGGCAGUGAGGCCCCUCUUCUGUUUACCUGCUGUCAGGCAGCUCCGCCCCCAUGUUUUCCACUGGCCUGGCUCCCCUCUGACCCGGGGUCUCCAGUAAAAAGGGUACUGGU